AUGAGUGAUACUAAAAAGCGAUUGCUCUCGAGGCGUCGUCGUGAUGAAUAUCACGAAAAGAGACAGGAUCUUCUUCUUGCCUGGAGUGAAGAAGUGUGCAAUAGCGAGGAGGUGCCGGAGGUAGAGAUCGUUAGCCUUCUACAAGAGUACAUACCUAAGUACCGUUUACGAGCUGACAGCCUCACUCAAUUUGGAGGUUACGAAAAUCAAGACUGGUUCAUACCUUCACCGGCGCUGCCUGUCAGCGACGAAGAUCUCCAAUUGACACCUGACCAGAUCAGGGAGACUCUUAAUUACUUCCUUCUAUGCAGCAACAGGGUGAGCCAAAUGACAAAAACCUACAAUGACAUCGAAGCGGUAACACGGCUCUUAGAAGAAAAAGAGAAAGAUUUGGAGUUGACAGCUCGCAUCGGUAAAGAGUUACUGACAACUAAUGGCCGGUUAGAGGCGCGAGUCACAUCUCUCGAAGGUGAUCUGAAGAGCGCGCGCGAUCUCAUCACCCAACUAAGACACGAGCUUACCGCCAAAUCGGAUCUACUGCAGGUUUUAACAAAUGACACAGAAGUGGAAAUCUCACCGACGGAGCAAGAGGCGGCUACUGCAGCAGCGUUGCGCAAGCGCACCGGCGCGCUGGAGCGCGAGAACCGCUCCUUGCGUGAGGAGGCUGCGCGACUCGCAGCCGGCGCUGACAGCGCCGAGCUGGCGGAACAGCAGCUGUUACGAGAUAUUGCGCUGCAACUCAAUAAUGCUAACUCAGAAGCGAACGCGCUUGGGUCAGAGUUGGCGGAGGAGAGGCAGCGCAAUGCAGAUUUGCAGCAUCAGCUUGACAGCACCUGUUCAAGACUCCUGGUCACAGAGAGAAAUUUGCAACAGCUAACAGCGGAACAUGAACACACUAUAAGAAUUUUAGAGAUCACAAAAGAAAAUCAAAAUGCUCUCGCGGCGGAGUUGGUUGAUACAAAGGAGCGUUAUGCCGAGGUGACAGCCCACCUGGCGGAGGCCCAGGAGCAGUUGCGCCAGUUGCGUAAGCGCGGCGAGCCAGUACGCGGUCUCAUGCCGAGCGUGGCGGCGGCAGCUGGUCUACUACCAGCCAGUUUACAUAGAGAAAUGCACUCGUCCGUAUACUCGGAGCUCAGUCUCGACUCCGGUAUUGGCGACCCGCUCGCACACUCAAGCAUGCAGAAAGUGUUUGAGACGGUGCAAUGCGCGUCGCGUUGGUCCGGCGCGUCGUUAUCCGGUUCUGAUGUGAUCGACGCGCCCAGUGCCGCUAGUGCGAGCGCCACCUUCAUAAAACCGCCGCCCAAACCGCCCAGCGACUCGUUCUUCGACGAUACAUCUGACGUCGAAUCAGAUGAUUUGUACCCUGGCGGGCCAGGCGUGGGAGUACCAGGUGCUCCUGGUGCGGCGGAGUUAGCGGCGGCAUUGAGGCGUCUCACACCACAAGAGAUAAAUUCACGGCGGGCUUCACUCGCCGCCUCGCAUGUACUCAGACAGAGGAGGCAUACAACAGAUCGAGAUGCGAGCGAAGAGAGCGCAGUGUGGGGCGCUGGAGCUGCUGGUGGAUUGGCAAGAUUCCGGGCACCACAUAAACUGCAAAUUGUCAAGCCUUUAGAGGGCUCCCUCACUCUGCACACCUGGGCACAACUAGCUAAGCCCACUAUGUCCGGUUUACUGGAAGACCAAGAAGGAGUGGGGGUCCGCGGUUCUCGCUCGGCAGCGGGUCUAGGUUUGCGACUCUACCGAUUAUCAGAUGUGGAAGAAGACGACGACAUGCCUCGUUUACCGCAUUCCAGUCACGUGUAUACGUUCACGAAUAGUACUGUCCUCCAUCCGAACGACGGCAGUCUAGCGAGCUCGAACGUCAGUAGUGUAUGCAGCAGCGGCAUGAGCAGCCUCUCUAGCAGCGUGCUCGGUAGCGCGUGGAGUUCCCGCCUCACGUCGAGGAGGUCAUCGGCUGCUGUGUCGCCUGUACAUUCCCGCCGGGACUCUUUAUGUCAGCCGUCGCGCACCCACUGGUCGCCGACCGCCACGCCCGCGAACAGUCCAUUACUAGGCUCCCCCGAAUCCUCCCCUCCUCCAACACCUCGCCCCGGAGACGCGCCGCCUUCGUUACACGCUCUCAUAGCCAGCGGGACCUCGAUACUCCGUAGACGGUACCUCCAUUCGCCGGCUGCGGACGGGUCGCCGGCCCCGCUCGCACUCCAAACCCCCGGGUCUUUGUACACUGGGCUAGUUCACCGCAGCCCUAUGGAGCAACUUACCUGCUUGAAGCGAACGCUGAGAUCCCCAGCCGCACCGCCGUUGGAGAGGGUGGAAUCUAUAGGUGAAGCACCUCUAGGUGUACCAGCUCAUCCCGGUGAAGGUGCUUUGGAUAGUACCCCGGUUCCUGGGCGUCGGCGAGCGAGGGCGCCUCGACCUAGAACAGAUUUGGGAACGGUGGACACCCCACCGACCGCUUGCCCGACCUCCGCGUUUUCUUCCCCCCUCGGAACUCUGAGUCUUCUCUUCGGUCGGAAAGGGGGCCUACUAUAA